AGAGGCGGCGCUGCCUGUCACAGGAAGCGGAUGUUUGCGGCUACAGCGUUACUGGUGUGAGGAAAUGAAAACACAGGUAGACGCUCUGGCCCCUGAAUAUCUAUUGCUCUGGUGGAGUCCGGUUGAGACGCGAGCAGUUGGAAGAGAGUGAAGAAUUGCCGGAGUUGUUGAGAGACUGCACGGAGAAGAGUGCGGUGACAGAGCCGGGCUGGAGGAAGAGGAAGCUGGCGGAGUACAUUCACAUGCUGUGUUCCUGAGAGAGCAGUUCACCUGUCUGUACACUUUACCAUGGCCAGGACAAGCAACCUGCUGCAGCACCAACACUGCCACUGCUGUGCCCGCCGGAGCGCCUAUUCUGGGAUAUACAGCCUUCUCCUGACUCUGGUCACCCUGCACAGUGCCAGCAGCCACACCGAGGCUUUCAUCCAGUCUGACAAUGUUAUUGAAGUGCUUCGAUUCGAUGAAGGAGGCCUUUUAGAGGCAGAGACGACAAUUGGCCUCAGUUCAUAUCAGCAGAAAAGUGUGUCCUUGCACAGGGGGAACUGCAGGCCAAUACGGUUUGAACCACCAAUGCUGGACUUCCACGAACAGCCUGUGGGAAUGCCAAAAAUGGAAAAAGUAUACUUGCAUAAUCCUAGUUCAGAUGAAACUAUUACUUUAGUAUCAAUAUCAGCAACAACAUCGCAUUUUCAUGCUUCGUUUUUUCAAAACCGGAAAAUUCUCCCCGGUGGGAACACAUCAUUUGAUGUAGUGUUUCUCGCAAGAGUAGUGGGAAACGUAGAGAAUACUUUAUUUAUUAACACCUCAAAUCAUGGGGUAUUUACCUAUCAGGUUUUUGGAGUUGGGAUCCCCAACCCAUAUCGUUUGCGCCCAUUUAUUGGGGCACGAGUUCCUGUAAAUAGCAGUUUUUCACCUUUAAUAAAUAUUCACAACCCCCACAGUGAACCUUUACAGGUUGUGGAAAUGUACUCUAGUGGGGGUGAUCUGCACUUAGAGCUUCCAACAGGACAACAAGGAGGCACCAAGAAAUUAUGGGAAAUCCCACCAUACGAAACAAAGGGUGUAAUGCGUGCAAGCUUCUCAUCACGAGAGGCAGACAAUCAUACUGCCUUUAUUAGGAUUAAAACCAAUGCCUCAGACAGCGCAGAAUUCAUUAUCCUUCCCGUGGAGGUGGAAGUCACCACAGCUCCCGGUAUUUAUUCAUCAAUAGAGAUGCUAGAUUUUGGUACGCUACGAACACAAGAUAUUCCCAAAAUAUUAAAUCUUCAUUUACUAAAUUCAGGAGCAAAAGAUGUUCCUAUUACUAGUGUCCGGGCAACACCACAGAAUGAUGCCAUAACCGUUUAUUUUAAACCAAUAACAUUAAAAGCUUCUGAGAGCAGAUACACCAAAGUUGCGAGCAUCAGUUUUGAUGCAUCAAGAGCAAAGAAACCAUUACAGUUUUCUGGAAAAAUAACAGUUAAAGCAAAAGAAAAGAGUUAUUCAAAACUUGAAAUUCCAUAUCAAGCUGAAGUGUUGGAUGGGUACUUGGGGUUUGAUCAUGUAGCCACUUUAUUUCAUAUCCGGGACAGUCCCUCUGAUCCAGUAGAGAGACCGAUCUACUUGACAAACACCUUCAACUUUGCGGUUCUCAUUCAUGAUGUCUUGCUUCCAGAAGAUGCAAAGCUCAUGUUUAAAGUCCAGAAUUUUACUUCACAUGUGUUAAUUCCUCCCGGUGAAUCAAGAUAUGUAUUCUCAUUAAUGUUCAUACCAUCCACCUCCUCUGUCCAUAUUGACAGCAAUAUAUUGCUUAUUACCAAUGCAUCAAAGUUUCAUCUUCCCAUUCGAGCUUACACAGGCUUUCUAGAUUAUUUUAUUUUACCACCAAAACCUGAAGAACGUUUCUUAGAUUUUGGCAUUCUAAGUGCUGCAGAAUCUAGUAGUCUUCUAAUUGCAAUUAUAAAUAGCAACCCCAUUGAGUUGGCAUUAAAAAGUUGGCACAUAAUUGGAGACAGUCUUGCUAUAGAACUUUUAACUACAGACAGGGGAAACAGGACCUCCAUAAUAGCAAGCCUUCCUGAGAUUGAAAACUCCACUGCAUCAGAUCGUACUUCAGUUAUAUUAACUUCAGGCUAUUAUGCAGUGUUUCGAGUAACAUUAACAGCAAAGAAUCUUGAGGGUUUCUUUGAUGGAGGUAUCCAAAUCACCACAGAUUAUGAGAUAUUGACAAUACCUGUGAAAGCAGUGAUUGCUGUGGGUUCACUGACCUGUUCCCCAAAGAUUAUUACGCUUCCUCCUUCCUUUCCGGGAAAAUUGGUUCAUCAGAGUCUAAAUAUUAUGAGUUCCUUCUCACAGAAGGUGAAAAUACAACAAUUACGCUCCUUAUCGGAGGAUAUGAGAUUUUUUUAUAAGCGACUAAGGAGCAAUAAGGAAGAAUUAGAACCUGGAAAGAAAUCAAAGAUUGCAAAUAUCUACUUUGAUGCUGCUUUAAACUGUGGAGACCACUGUUAUGCUGGACUUCCCUUUUUAUCUAAACAUGACCUGAAGACUCAGCACUAUUUUGCAAUGCAGGAGGACAUCUGGGACUGUGAUUGGGAACAUUUUGAGACGCUAUAUAAAAAAUGGUCUGAAAUCUGUGAUAAUUUUAACAUGCCCAAAGCAGUGUUUGAGGUAGAUACAGACUUACAGAAAAACGUCCUUUCAGAAGUAAAAGCUGAGCUUAUUUGGCCUUCCAUAAUCAGCUCAUCCCGUCGUAUACACUUUCCCCUGACCAACACCAACAGCUCAUCAGAAGAAGAAUUUGCAUUAGAAAACCCUGCAGAUGUCCCUGUGUAUGUCCAAAUUCUUCCUCUGGCUUUCUAUUCCAACAGUUCUUUGGUGCUAGACAGAUUGAUAGAAAGGUUCAAUAUUAGCAAGUCAAUAAAUAUAGACUUAAAGACACUUGAAUUUAAAGUGUUCCGAAAUAACGUGCAGCCUGUGCAGAGCAGCCAAGCUUUUGUGGAGGGACAAUCCCGCCAGUCAGUUCUUAACCUCAUUUUAAAGCCCGGGGAGAAAAAAAGUGUUCAAGUCAGAUUCACUCCAGUGAUCAACAAAACUGUAUCCUCCUUGCUUAUAGUAAGAAAUAACUUGACAGUAAUUGAUGUAAUCACAGUGAAAGGACAAGGAGCAAAUGAAAAUAUUAAAAUUGGUGGAAAACCCCCAGGUCCUGGGAGCCCCUUGAGGUUUAAAAUUACAGAAGGCUUCCUGAAAGACUGCUCUGACAAAAUAAAACCCAAGGAACCAAAUUUCACUAUGAGAAAAACAUUCAAGGUUGAAAACACAGGGCAGCUUCAGGUUAUAAUCAAAAGCAUGGAAAUCAGUGGAUAUGCAUGCGAAGGAUAUGGAUUCAAGAUUGUAAAUUGUCAAGAGUUUGCACUAGGCCCCAAUGCCUCUAAAGAAAUUGUCAUAUUGUUUACACCAGAUUUCACCUCCUCAAGAAUCAUUCGUGAACUAAAGAUUGUGACUACAGGAGGAUCUGAAUUUGUAUUUAUAUUAAAUGCAUCCCUUCCAUAUCAUAUGCUAGCGACCUGUGCAGAAGCACUUCCGCGGCCUAAUUGGGAAUUGGCUCUUUAUGUUGUCAUCUCAGGAAUAAUGAGCUUGCUUUUUCUACUGGUAAUAGGAACAGCUUACUUAGAAGCUCAAGGGAUAUGGGAGCCAUUCAGAAGGCGGCUCUCUUUUGAAGCUUCAAAUCCUCCUUUUCAUUUGGGCCGGCCCUUUGACCUCAGGAGGAUAGUUGGCAUUUCGUCUGAAAACAACUUUAACACAGUAGGACCAGAUUCAAAUCCUACUUCGAACAGGGGGUUGUAUAGUGGGAGUGCUACUACAAGACCUACCACGGUUAAUCACAAACAAAGCAAUGCAACAAUCUUGCAAAGGAGUGCUCAUGAUGUGGAAACAUCAAGGACAAAAAACAGCUCCAAUAUAGCAAACAGAAUGCCUGGACAAGUUCCUACUUCAUUGCCACCUAGCAGAACUUCCUCUGCGACCAUUGACUCCAGUACUGUUGCUCAUAGUUCGUUAACCAAGCGUUCUCGAGGAACAAAAUUAAAUCAGAGCCUUGUACAACCACAAGGACCUGUCCUACAGGAGCAGCCAACACAACUACCAGCAGUGCCUCAUACCCAGACAGAGCAGCCAGCAGAAGUGUCCCGAUCAGGGACCUCUAACCCCUCUUCUCACCCUGAAUACUUUGGAACUGGCAGCAGUAAUGCUCGGCACAGUUCAGAUGACUCGGAUAUAACCAGUCUUAUGGAAGUAAUGGAUAAAGACUUUGACAAUGCCGAACCAGCUUCCUCUGAUGUGUUUACAGAACAACCACCAUCUCCAGCAACAAAAAAUGCAAAAGGGAAAGGAAAAUCUCUUCAGCACAAAGUUAAAUUUCAGAAAAAACAAGAAGAGAAAGAGAGGAGAAUAAAAGGAAAAUCACAAGAAGAUGAACUGAAAGACACUCUUGUAGAUGAUGACAGUUCCUCCACCACCACAGAAACUUCCAAUCCUGACACUGAGCCACUUAUAAAAGAGGAACCUGAAAAAUUAAAGGGAAAACCAGUAAUUUCUGAAAAGACAGAAAAUGAAACAAGUAAACAAAAGCAAAAGAGUAAGAAAGUCCCUGGUCCAAACAAAAAGGAGACUGUAACAGAGGUUAAACCAAGCUCUUUGGAGUUGCCAUAUACCACACCCUUAGAAAACAAACAGCUUAAAAACGUCUCAAGGAAUGCUGUACAGCAUUCCUUAGGGAGUAGCUCAAAACCAAGAAAUUUUCAAAAACCACGGGGUACAAACAGUAAGUUAGGAGAGAACAGGCAAUCAGUGCUGGCGAAGCUUCAUCCUAGUCGUACUGGUCAGGAACUAGGCAGCAACAGCAGUUCUGAAGGAGAGAAAGACUCCCCACCUCCAGAGUGGGACUCUGUGCCAAUUAACAAAUCAGGAAGCUCAGUAGAUAGCCUUUACAAAUUGUCUGUGCAAACCCACAACGCAGAUGACUUCUUAAAACAACGUCAGACCUCACCAGCCCCUACUCCCCCUUCACCUCCUCCAGCUUUGGGCUUUGGCUUAAGAAGCAGCUACAGCAGCAUUGUAAACAGCACAAGCAGUCAUGAUUUAAGAAAUGCCUCCACUGUCAUCAAACACAAGCUGACUAAAGCAGCUUCUUUACCUGGGAGGAAUGGCAAUCCAACAUUUGCUGCUGUUGCUGCUGGAUAUGACAAGAACCCAGGUGGCAGCGGAUUAGCCAAAUCAUCUGUUAGAAGUGACAUCCCUAAGAGCAUCAGCAUGUCACAAAGUGUAUCCAUUGAUAGUGAUAACUCUGACAGCUCUGGUUUGUGGAGCCCAAUCAGCAGUCCCGAAUAUUCAUUUUCUGCCUUUGGAUCUAGCAAUACCUUUAAUUUAACAGGAGAGGUUUUCGGUUCAAUCUCAUUGCCCCGAAGUACUUACACUCAUGAGCCCCAAAAGAAGUGGACAGAUUUUGACACCACGUCUUCCUUCUGGGAUCAUCCUGCCACAGAUUCUGUGCCAACAUGGCCAACAAGCACUGGAUCUCCAACCCAUGUGACCUCUUCCAUCCUUGGCACUGGUAGCCUGUGGUCCACGCCAUUCAGCAGUUCCAUUUGGUCCAGUAAUCCAAAUCCUUCUCUCCCGUAUACUACCGCUCCCCCCAACCCAUUGCCGGGUAUCGAUCUGAUUGGAGCUGAAAGCACAUGCCCAGCCCCCAACUCUCCUUCAGUUGCUCCUUCUCACAGCCCUGACAGCAUGACCGGACAGACCUAUGAUCCAUGGAGUAUAUGGAGCCCAACCAUCGGGAGGAGAAGUUCUGAUCCUUGGUCGAAUUCACAUUUUCCACCUGAUAAAUAAUAAUUGCGCUGAAGAUCUACAGUCAUAAUAGGAGUGUUACUGCUGCAAUAUCUGCCAAUCAUUUUAUGAGGGGACACUCUGUACCCCUUUCUACCAGUCAGCAUCAGUCCUUGGCUUUUUAUUUAUAUUUUUUUUUAUUGCAGGCCCAAAAAUCUUGAGCUCCUAUGUUAUUUUUAAGCCCAUGACCUCUCACUUUAUUCAGAUUUGGGUUUUUUAAGAACAAAAAAUUGAGCAUGGACAAAUCUAUUCUGUAGAAGAAUGUCAACUAAACAUAAUUUUCAGGAACAGCACGGGUACAAAUUGCUAUCUCAUUGUAAAUUAUUUAUUUUUCCAAUGACCCAUAAAACCAUCCCUUAUACAUAUCAUACCAUGGCCCUUAAAGAUGUUUUUUUCCCAGUGACCAUAUUUCUCAAGUAUUAUAUUUCUAAGGAAAAACAUGAAAGGCAUAAAUGGCAGUUGAGGCUAUGAACGCAAUUUCCUUUUAAAUGUAACUGUUUUGUAUUCAUGAACAAAAUGCCAAUUGCAGCCAAGAGCUCUGUGAAUGCUCAUAUUGGGUUGCUCAGCGCUUUUUCCCAUUCCCUCAAUUCUCUAGCACAGUGCAUUUUUUUAAAUAUUAAUUUUACAUGCUCUUUGUAAUAUCUUGUGAAAAAAAAAACAGGAUUUGAUGAGCAAGUCAUACAACUUUGCGUUGUAAUUUAAAUAAAUGAGGCACUUUUUUUCAAUAA